UAAGGGGAGGGGAGUGAGCAGGUCCGGCGCAUCAUUUCCUUUAGAAUUAGAGCACCUAGCCUUUCGUCCAAGUGAGCAUGAGAGAACAGUAGCUGGUUGCCUGCAUAUUUACAUUCCUCUGAAGACUUGACCGAUCUUAAGACCGAAACAUUUCGGUAAAACGGUUAUCGUUGCCAUGCCAAAUAUUGUUUUGUUCAGUGGGAGCUCACACCACGAUCUGUCACAGAAAGUGGCAGACCGACUCGGUUUGGAUUUAGGAAAAGUGAUUACGAAGAAAUUCAGCAACCAAGAAACAUGUGUGGAGAUAGGGGAGAGUGUUCGUGGGGAGGACGUGUACAUCGUUCAGAGCGGCUGCGGAGAGAUCAACGAUAACCUGAUGGAGCUGCUGAUCAUGAUCAACGCCUGCAAGAUCGCCUCGGCCUCCCGCGUCACCGCCGUCAUCCCCUGCUUCCCCUACGCCCGACAGGACAAGAAAGACAAGAGCCGGGCUCCCAUCUCAGCUAAGCUGGUGGCCAACAUGCUGUCUGUGGCCGGAGCGGAUCACAUCAUCACCAUGGACCUCCACGCCUCCCAGAUCCAGGGGUUUUUCGAUAUCGCCGUGGAUAACUUGUAUGCUGAGCCAGCAGUUCUGCAGUGGAUCCGGGAGAAGAUUCCGGAAUGGAAGAAUUGCAUCAUCGUGUCCCCCGAUGCAGGCGGUGCGAAACGGGUGACGUCCAUCGCUGACCGCUUGAACGUGGAGUUCGCCCUCAUCCACAAGGAGCGGAAGAAGGCCAACGAGGUGGACCGCAUGGUCCUGGUGGGGGAUGUGAAGGACCGCGUGGCCAUCCUGGUGGACGACAUGGCCGACACAUGUGGCACCAUCUGCCACGCCGCCGACAAAUUGAUUUCUGCUGGGGCGACUAAAGUCUACGCCAUCCUCACUCAUGGGAUCUUCUCGGGCCCGGCCAUCUCCCGUAUCAACAACGCACCCUUCGAGGCUGUGGUGGUGACCAACACCAUCCCGCAAGAGGAGAAGAUGAAGCAGUGCCCCAAGAUCCAGGUCAUUGAUAUAUCCAUGAUACUGGCUGAGGCUAUCAGGAGAACCCACAACGGAGAAUCCGUGUCCUACCUUUUCAGCCACGUGCCAUUGUGAAGGAGGACAGGUGGGCGGUGCUCUGUCCUGAUGGCCAAUCGGCUUGUGGCCAGUUUAGCCCUCCCUGGUUACAACUAGCCCAUUGGUGGGAGGUUCCCAUGUGACUGACUGUUUCCAUUGACGUUUCCCCCCCUGUGGAUCACCACCUAUUUAUAUUACAGAUUUCAUUUUCAUUUAGUUUCUUAUAUACAUGUUUAUUAGCACAGAACCUCUGAGGUCUUAAUGUUGCCCAAGUCAAGGGUUUUAGUCUUAUUUGUACUACAUUGUUUUCAAGUCCCUAUAAAUGAUGAAUUCCAUUAAGAAAAGAUAAUGUUUUUUUUUUUUUUUUUUUGUACAGGUUUAUCAGUAUGUGGGGUCCUAUCCGAGGGGUAGAGUUUGUCUGUGGAUAUGAUCAAGUAGACCCACACAGUACUAUAUCGACUUCUAAAUAUUACUUGAAAGCAAAUGACAGUACGGUUAAGUAAGUAAUGGCAUAAACAGUUUCAGCACAAUGUUUAAACCACAGAGGUGAACUUCAGGUGAUAUUGUGAUGGUAUUCUAGCAUUUCUGAUGAUUGGGGCUAAUUCUUCCCCCAAAUAAUUGAGCUUAUUUUCCUAGGAACUAGGAAAGAAUCAGAAUUUUGGCAUAUGCAUAGUAUUAGUUUGAUAAAUUAACAUUGUUAUGUAUGUUCUCUUGAUUAAAAGGUUUUGUUUUUUUUCCCCACCAAGCCUUACCUUAACAUGCUAAGAAGUACAUCAAGUUAAUUCAAAGCCUGUCCAUUUUCUUUCUCAGCAUACAUUUCUACAUUUCAGGGUUGGAUUUUUAAAAAUGGAAAUAUUCCUUGCUGUGCUUGAUCAUGAGCAAACCACAGUGAGAGGGUUUUUUUUGUUGUUGAGCUUUAAAGACAUUCUGAAAUGUGCGGUCAGGUCAUUGCUUCACAUACUAGAGGAAGAUGUAUGCACAAUCCUUGAUAAGUGGUCACAUUCAAGAUGUCUGAUGUCCAUGGAAAUAAGUAUAUUUAGUGGUUGGAGUGGGUGGGGUUCUUCUACGAAUAAGGUUCUGGCGGUUUCUGUUUACUCCAUUUAUUAGCACACGGCAGAAUCCUCUCCACCCAAAAGAAGGGUUUUCAUAUUUUUCAGAAUAUUUCCAAAGUCUUUCUUUGACAAUAAAAGUAAGUAAAACUU